AUGACUGACGAGAUUGGCGCUCUCCUUGCUAAUCAGACAUGGGUUAUUGUUCCUUGUCCUAUUGAUCAUCCGGUGGUCGGGUCUCGCUGGGUAUAUGCUUUGAAAUUUCUUCCAGAUGGUACGUUAGAGCGUCACAAAGCUCGUGUUGUUGCUCAGGGCUUCAGUCAAGAGUUUGGUGUAGAUUUUGAUGAGACUUUUGCACCGGUGGCCAAGAUGGUCUCUGUCCGGACUCUCCUUGCGGUGGCCUCAGUUCGGCGCUGGCCCCUGUACCAGCUUGAUGUCAAGAACGCAUUUCUGCAUGGCGAUCUCAAGGAGACGGUUUAUAUGGAGCUUCCUCCUGGCUAUUGUCCGCAGACAGACAUUCCUGAUCCUGUUUGCCUUCUUCAGUGCUCACUUUAUGGUCUUAAGCAGGCUCCGCGUGCAUGGUUUGAUAAGUUCCACUCUACUCUGUUGAGUCUUGGGUUUCGACAAAGCCAGAAUGAUCCCUCUUUGUUUACUCGACGCUCUGAGCGAGUCCAAGGGUCCUCUGCUGGUAUUCUUCUGGGUCAGAAGAAGUAUAUUGCGGAUCUUCUUGACUCAACUCGGUUCUCAGACUGUGUCCCCGUUUCUACACCUAUGGAGCUUAAUGUGAAGUUAGGGAGGGAGACAGGGGAUUUAUUGUCGGAUGGUGGUAAGCAGUAUCGGAGUAUUGUGGGGAGUCUUAUCUAUCUUACCUCGACUCGGCCCGAUAUUGCUUAUGCUGUCCAGAUCGUUGCUCAGUUUAUGUCAGCUCCCAGGACUGCUCACUUAGCUGCUGUUCAUAGACUCCUUCGCUAUCUCCAGGGUACUCGCGAUGUUGGGUUGUUUCUACCUGCGACAGGUUCUCUGGUGCUACAGGCAUUUUCUGAUAGUGACUAUGCUGGUUGCAUUGAUACACGUCAUUCUACGACGGCUGGUGUGUUCGUCUUGGUGGAUCAUUCAUUUCUUGGAGAUGCAAGAAGCAGGAUCAGGUUUCUAAGUCAUCCACGGAGGCAGAGUACAGAGCUAUGUCAGAUGUGGUAUCUGAACUGGAAUGGCUUCAGCGACUACUUACAGAUUUUGGUGUCACAUGUGGACUUGGUUCGAGAUGGUAUCAUUCGCAUUUUCUAUGUGAAGUCAGAGGAUCAGAUUGCAGACCUACUGACGAAGGCCUUCACUGCUAGUCGACAUUCUUAUCUCGCGAGCAAAUUGAUGUUGCGAGACCUCCAUCAAUUUGGGGGAGGCUGUUGA